GGCGCUGGUACGCGCGUUAAGUCCUGUGCGGUGUUUGCUUGGCGCUGGCACGCGCGUUAAGUCCUGUGCGUGGUGAGCUGAGGUCGCCGUCGCCAUGUCGCCUCCCCGCCAGCCGGACGUACCGACUGGAAAUGUCAUCAGAGUUUUGGCGCCGAUCAUGGCCCCGCGCGCCAACUCUGGCCUCGAGACCCACGAGGAAGAGAUAAUUGGCGACUCGCCGACGUUGGAGCCAUACCUGCACCGCGUCACUAACGAGACGUCAGAACACGAAUACGAUGAGCUCGGCAAAGAAGAAGAGGGACAGGAGAAGAUUUCCAUUAUCGUGGGAAUCGUCGUGGCUCUCCUGCUGGCCAUCCUCAUCGUCAUCGUCUGCGCUGCUGUCAUAAGGAGGAUGCGGCGUCGUGGCGCCCGGCUACCGGCGUCGGCCGAGGACGGCAAGGGCAUCCGACUGAAGCGCGUCAAGCCCGGCAAGGGCAUGGUGGACGACUACGACGGCGAGCCGAGUCCGCUCGACGACCUGCACGACCCCUUCCUCCAGUUUGUCUACAUUCCACCCAACCGAGGACUGAAGCUGUGGAAGGGCCGGCUCAAGAUCAUGACUAGGCACGUCAAGAGGUCGCUGCUGCACAAACAGAUAGAGAUCCACGGCUGCACUAUCCCAGAACACUGUAAAGCGCAACUCAAGCGGAUAUACGUGUACUGACGGACGGCGAUGUGCUGAACUCUAGCCUUGCGCGGGCGUCGUUAGAUGUCUCUACCGCGCCAGCGCAGUGGUGAAGUGUUUGAACGGGGGGAGCGCGCUGAUUGGUCGAGCUGGUCUCGCGUCUGGAAGAAACUGGUUUUCUCCCAGCCCAACCGGAAACAGCGGCUCCCUCCAUAGGCUGUGCAACGCGGGUACAAACGGACCCCGGCGACGGAGGGAGCACCGGCCAGCCCGGCGUAGAACGAACUCGAACUCCCCUGCUUGCGGCGCAGAGCGUGGCCGCCGCAACAUGCGCCAGGCGUGCGCGCGCCGCCCGGGUGGGCUGGAACGCGGCGGCUGCUGGGCGCAGCUCCAGUGCUUCGGUCGACAGCGGAGUGCCGUUCCCCGCCCGAGCGAUGGCGCGUUAUCGUGGGUGGUGAGCGUGCUGCCUUAUCUACUACAGCGCUGCCACGUCAAGCUGGCUUCUGUGCUGUUUUACUUUGAUUUGAUGAUAUUCUGCUCCAAAACGUGCUCGGUUUUUUAGAAGCUGUAAUUUCCAUUGUGUCGGUGCAUGCACUGAAAUCGACGAGCUACUUCGUGAACGUGCCUUAGCGACUGAGUGCGGUGCGUUAUGAACUACAUCCAUACGCGUGUAUCAGUUGAAAUGGCUCCUAAAUUGCUCGAUAAAAGCCUCAGCAUUUCCACGUGCACUUGCACAUGGAAAUGACGGUGACGGUGACGUCACAUCCAUGACGUCACAUCAAUGUCGUCACUUUCGUCCAGCUGUAGUUUCGGGCUGAGUCGGUGCGCACAUAAUCCCUUGACUGUGUGUGUGCAUGUGCUCCCUGCUCGAUCGCAUGUUAAACUAACAUAACGGAUGUAAGCCCACCUGUCGCACCUAUCGUAUAGCCAGAACGUGCCAUGUAUGGUCGGAUUCUUAGGAGCUGUGUUAUCCCACGAGCCAUUUAUUGCGUGAUGAAGGAACUAUUGUGCGAAUGGCCACGUCGCCGACAGAUGUAGGAUUUUUUCAAUGGGUUAGAUCGGACUAAGCACAAACGGUGCCUUAUCAACGCUAGUGUGGUCACUGCCUGAGGGUUAAGAAUCUGAAGCGUUUUUUCCUUAUAGGAAGAUUCCUGCAUAACAACGCGUGAGACUAAACACUUCUUGACAGAAAUCUUCAUGCAGGUUUCGUCAAGUGAACUGCAACGCUAAAUUUUUCGACCGCAUUUUAUUUCCACAUUUGCGUCAGAAACGUUCAAUGUAUUUAUUCACAGGU